AAAGACUGGGAGUGGACUCGAAAGAUGCCCAGCCUGGCUCUGGACCUUUGGACAAAAUCAACAAGAAGAAGUCUCUGGAGCAGCCCUCUGGUCACCUGUCACUUCUUCGAGGGCUGUCCAAUGGGAUCUGCGUUGUUUGGCAUUUAGUAAGCGAUUCAUUCACGAAUAACAAUGGCUGUAACCUCACGAUCGCUUUACGAUCUGAGUUCUUCAGUAAUUGUGACCUCUUUCUACUCGUUCAAAAGUGAGCUCAAGUCUAUACCGGAACAUAUCUCGUGUGAUAUUUACUUUAAGCUGUAUGAAGAGAAGAAAAUCUGCGUUUUGGGUUUGGAGCUCAUUGAUUUGAAUAUUUUUUAUAAAAUGCUGAAGGUAACUCACAGAAAGACCCAGCUGCUUCAAUGUUUCCAGACCUUGAUGGAUCAUGGCUUUAAUAUUUCAAUGGAGCUGUCAAAUGCAUACGCAAGCAAAUGUUUGCACUCUCAAAUGUGCUCCGCACUUCAACAAACCAUCGAUUUGGGACUGACAUUAGGUGAAUUUUUGAAUGAUGCUGGUUGGCAGAAGGACAGUGAAGUUGUGCUUAUUCAUUGUAGAGAUCUCUGCCUGAGUGCCCCACAGACCCCUACAUCUCUCAGAAAAACAUUAGAUUGUUAUCACAACCUACUCAAUGUGCAAGUUGCAUCCAACCUUCUUCCUGAGGCUACUAGCACUUAUCAGGAGAUCAAAAAAUUAAUCCACACAUUAAGGAAAAUGGAUGAACUUCCGAAUUUGGCUGCUCUAUAUGAUGAAAUUUCUUCUUAUUUUGUCACAAUUUCUGAGUUCAAUGAGGCCCUAAAAUGGAGUGCUGAAUCCUUGAGAGAGCUUGUUCCUGGACUUCCGGCCAGUACAACUGUCAACAUUUUGAGGCAACUGGCACACAUUUGUUUUAUGAGAGGGCAGUCUAAAAAAGCAGGAGUUCUAAUUCGGCAAGCUCUACGAAUAGCAAAUGAAGUUUAUGAGCCAAGUGACCAUAGGCUACCUGAUGUUAUUAUUGACUAUGGAAAUAUCCUGUUGAACGAUGAUGCCGUUUGCUUUUGUCCUGAAGAUCCCACUGGUGCAGGUAACAACCACAGUGUUGAAGUAUUAUCUAAAGCACUGGAAAUGAGGAAGGCAAUCUAUGGCCACAAAAACAUCUAUGUGGCGUUUGCUUUGGAGGAGCUGGCCAAUGCCUUGUAUUGGAAUGAAAAAUAUGUGCGAGCAAGGGAAUGCAUUGAAGAAUCUAUCAGUAUCCAGGAGGCAAUUCUGCCUCCCAAUCAUCCAUUGUUGGCAUCAUCCUUAGGGGUCAAAGGUCUUAUUCUGGAGGGCUUAGCAUUUGAAGAAGACCCUAGCAUUCCUGAUAAUUCAUUAUUGCUGGAAGCUGAAAAACUUCACAUCACUACACUGGAAUUGACAAUAAAAGCUCGUGGUAUCAAUAGUGAAGAGACAGCUCAUUGUUAUCAUGAAUUGGGGUCUUUCUACCAUUUAAUUGAGAAGUACAAGGAAGCAGAAGCGUUGUUGCUUCAAGCAGAUGCAGUUAAGGAGAAGAUUUUUGGGACAGAAUACGGAGAUCGUGUAUCAUCACUUAGUACUCUAGCAUGUUUGUAUGUGGACCUUGAUCAGUACCAUAAAGCUGAAGAACUAUAUUUACGCUCCAUUGAAACAACCUCUAUUGCAGGUAUCAAAUUUUAUGGUGAGACGUACUCUGGUUUGAGAGAGGACUAUGAAGGCCUUGUCCACUGUUAUGAACAACUUGGCAACACAGAGAGGAUGAACCACUACAUUACCACUUUAAGUCAUUGGGAAGCAGUGCGAAGGCAUUUGAGUGUGCAGAACAACUGUAAAGACUUGGAAGAGAGUGGUCCCAUUGUGCCACUUCCUGAUCUCCUAAAUUACUGUUUUAAAGACUGAUAGGACUUACAAUUUUACACAUUGUAUUUCGUCGGAGCAAUUAUUCUGUGCAGUGUUUAACUUUUUUCUUUGAAAUAGAAAAAGUGGUUAAGCUUCAGUUGCAACAGUGCCAAAACAGACAAAAUAACCAAACCAUGCUACUUCAGCUGUUCACCCAUAGCAGCCACGCAAGCAAGAACAAACAGGAAAGUAAAAAUUUCGUUCAAGGACGUGACUCACCUCACCAAACAACGCGCAUGUGCAACGCGACCGAUGGAACGGGGCCAACCGUCCUUGUUCAUGGACGAGCGGCCCAAGGCAAGGUAGGCCACCGCUUCGCGCUUCGCGCGAACAAUCAUGGAAAGUUUUGAAUGAAAAAUAAAAGUUAACAUUUAAA